AUGUUCUUCUCUACUCUUGCCCUUACCUCCGUUGCUCUCAUGGCGCAACUGGUGUCUGCUGCUCCUUCGCGCACCUCCGCAUCUUACAAUAGGAGCGGUUUUGUCACUCGCGAUGCAGAUGCCCCGCGGUUUAUCAAACGUGAGGCCACUUGCACGUUCCCGACUCCACCAAAGACGACCUCGCUCACAGCGGCAAUGAUCAUCAAGGGAACAUUUGAUGGCGGGAAUGUACGCUUCGAUCGCGGCGAGGGGGCCUGCAAGGGUCAAAUAGAAGGAGGAGACAAAGAUGCCGUGUUUCUCCUUGAGGAAGGGGCUACUCUUCAAAAUGUCGUGAUCGGGGCCAACCAGGUCGAGGGUGUUCACUGCCUUGGCUCUUGCACGCUGAAUAAUGUGUGGUUUGAAGAUGUAUGCGAGGAUGCGAUUACAAUCAAACAGUCUUCCGGUACAUCGACGAUCACCGGCGGUGGAGCCAAAGGCGCCGAAGAUAAGGUGGUCCAACACAACGGUGGAGGUUCCGUAACGAUCGACUCUUUUUGCGUCCAGAACUUUGGAAAACUCUAUCGAUCGUGCGGUAACUGCUCUACUCAGCAUGCUCGUAGCGUGACCAUCUCCAAUGUCGUUGCAACCGAUGGCAAGCUCCUAGUUGGUAUCAACUCGAACCUUGGCGACGUUGCGACUGUCAAUACUGCCACCGUCAAGGUGACAAAUGUCAAGAGCGUCUGUGAUACUUUCGAGGGCAACAACAAUGGUGACGAGCCUACGAAACUAACCAGCAAUACUGCCAACGCUAGGUUCGUUUAA